AUGCCGCCUGUCACGAACGUCGACUAUUACUUGGUUCGUCUCAUCAUUUUGAUACAUUCUUAGAAAAUAAGGAAAUAAGGCUCGAACUGAGCUUCAAGCUAUUUUUUUUUUCGCAUAUCUAGGGAAAUUCUAAACUUAUGUAUCUAUACGUUCUAUACUUUAAUCGACCACAUGUUUGGAUAUGCGUUCGAACUUUGAAUGGCUUAGAGCGGCACGGUUCAAAUCUGUUCUAACGGGUUAGGAGUUCAGAAGCUCGCUUCAAAAAUAUCCGCUACUAUCAUGCAAAAGUCGUUUUCGGCCGGGCGCUCUUAAAAGUAACUAGUCGUUUCACAUGUGGCCAUCUAAGGGUCAAAACUGUUCUGUUUUAAGAACUCUAGAAUUAGAUGAACUUCGUACGAAAACGAAAACCAAUUAUCCUUUUUUCUAUUUUUUUUUUGUAUUUUGUUUCCUCUCAAAUUCAUUGAGACAAACUAGAUUUCUAUCGCUAAGUAACUCUCAAGGCAAAACGAAAAAAACCAAUCAGAGUCGUCAAAUGAUGAUGAAAUACUGUUCUUUGUUCUUUUUUUGUUUUUUUCCAUUCGACUCAAAUUAAUUCGAUUUCCUCCUCAAAGUAACUUUGAACGAAGAAAUGAAACUAGUGAAAGCGAGGCUAGACGUCGAUUUUCUCAAAUUAAAACACAAUUAGUGAGAACAGAAAGUCAAAAAAUGAUAAAAAUGUCAAUAUUUUGAAAUUUUCUGAAACGAAAAGACUAGAAAAUCGAGGAUUGCAGCCGAUUUCGCAAGGGAAAUUUACUAUUUGCAGAAACUGCUUACACGAAGUUGCUAGGCAAGCGUGACUCAUGAAAUCAAGAAAUCCGAAAAAUUGUUGGCACCUAAACUUUAAGAGAAAAUUCAAACAAAAGUUCAUCUUUUUCUGAAGAGCUUUUGAGUUAUCUCUGCCUCUGUCUGGACUAUUCGUAAAAGUUAUCCCUACGCAUCUCUAUCCUUUUUUUUGAAAAAGAUUUUUUUUUUUUAGUUCAGACUAAUCCUUCUAUACAUCUAAUUUCAUUUUUCAACCAUUAGUUGACUUUGCAGAAGAGCGAGGAAGUGAUCGACCUGGUCAGUGAGAACGAGAUGACGGAAGUGUCGUCGUUGAUCGGCUUUGUUGGCGGAGCUCAGGAGCCCGGUUGCAGCUAUGGGUAAGGCAAUUGUCAAGAACAAGGUUUUUUGAAAAGUUGAAGAUUAGUAGAAAAUUUUCUUUCGUUGUCAAAUCUUUGCAAGAUAAAAAUUGUUUUCAUUGUGAUUCUCGAUUUUUCACGUUUUAUUAUAUUGCCUGCAGGGAAAACUGAAGUAAGAAAUCGGCGUGAAGAGAUCGGGAUUUGAAUGUCAUUUGCAUCAAUUCUCAUCGUUUUUCCUCGUUUUUCUUUCUCUUUUUCGGUUAAGAGCACUCUUGGGAGUUGGCGAGGGAGUUCAAAAAAACGUUUUAGCCGUUUUUUGGAGAUUUCGAAUAGGUUUUCGGACUUUAUGUUUGAAAAAAAAAACCGUUCGCAGGGGAAGUUUUCUUGUAUUUUAGGAGUUGAGAGGAAAUUAAUUGGAAAAGUAGGUAUAACGAGUUUAUUAUUAAAAUUAUUUUUUUGGAUCAAAAACUGUAAGAAAAACAGAUCUGAAUAUAGGAAAAGAAUGUCAUAGAACUCGUUUUUUAUUUCUUUGAUAUACAGUAAGAAAAAUUCUGUUUUGAAAAAAACCACAUAUUUUUGAAAGUAGUUUAAUAUUCAGAAAGGGAAAGAACGUAAAGUUUUCAACUAGGAACUCACAAUAAGAGGAAAACGUUUCCCUCGAUUUUUUCUCUCAUAUAAUAUGUCAUAUUUGCCAGCUUGAAACCGAUUCCCUUAAUGAAUUUCCUUCAAAACACCAACUUUUCUCUGCCAAGGAAGGAAAAGCAGCGUGUUGACGGAUGAUGUCCGAUUGGCCGGCAGACCAUGAAAUGCGGAAACUUUUUUCUUCUGGCUUCCCGCCGUAAAUCCUUCUCUUCACGAAAUUCGAGCUGUUUUCACGCACCCAUGACCGCCUUUCCUUUUUUGAAAAGUUUGAGAGAAAAAAUGAGGAAAUGUUUUUUUUUCCGUCCUUAUACGGUGUCCAGUUACUCUCAGUUUAAAUGUCUCUAAUUGGCCACGCGAACCUUUUAUUUGCGACCUUUUUUGGGACGGCGGAGACAUGAGGAUGCGGAUCGGAUUGCCUCCAGAAGUCCUUUUAUUAGAAAGUUGGCAAAUGACGUUUCAUUUAAAGAUAGUUGGGCAAAUGAUUGAUUAACCGAAAUUAGAAUAUAACGAAUGUCAAGACAAUAGAAGUAUGAUAGAAUUAGAAAAAAUCUUGAAAAAAAUGUCAGCUAGUAAAAGCGUCGUGAUUAUUCAACUCUUACCUAUUUUAAUACAGUUUUUCGGAGUGAUUUGGAGACGUGGUAGAAAGACUUCAGAAUAAUAUUCGACUGAUUGAAUAACUUUCAAGUUUCAGUCGAUAUUUUUGCAGGUUCGUCCAGGAAGAUCCAGCUUAUGAGAAGGCGAUCGCCGAGUGCCAUUCUAUCCAGGAAAGCAAUUUGUUCACAGAAGGCGUCCUUCUCAAAUGCGUCGACAAGAAACGUUCGUUUUUUCAAAACUUGAGAAAAAAGCUCGAAUAAUAAUAAGCCAAAAAAAUGCAGCAUUUAUUACCUUGUAAUUAUAUUUUUUUCAUAUUGUUUCAAAAUUUUGAGCUUCAUCUACACCGCCACCGUGUCUUCCUACGUAGGCGACGAAUUUAGCUUUUCUUGGAACAAAAAUAGACGAAAAAAGUUUAUUCUCACAUCAUUUUCCGCUAUUUAUUCUCCUGCUGCAUACACUUAUACCAUUAAUUAUUCAUGGUGAAGCAUAUUUGCUCCAGUGAGAAUAACUUGAUUUGGAAAUUUUGCGUCUUUUUGCAGAGAACAAACAAAUGUACGAAAAUAAGCGUUAUUUUUGGGACGGAGAAAUGAGUCACGAACUUGGUUUUAGAACGCUCGAAUGAGCAGCAAAGAAAAGAAAAGCCUAGGCUGGAGCUAAGAAUUUUUAGAAGUGUCCCAAAAAAGUAACGUGGACUUGGGUCUCCGAACUUUCAACUUUGAGUUCGGGAAAAGAAGCCCACAGGUUACUGAAAAGAAUUUAGUCUUAGGGCCACGGGCGAAGCAAUUAUAUCAAACUCUCUUUUGAUAGUUCUCGAGACCAUUCUCUUAAAGUUUUAUCAAACCGUUCAAAUUUUGGCUCAAGCUAGCUAUGAAUCAACUCUAUAUGUUUUAUUUUUAUACUAAUUUUUUCAGCAAUGUUCCCCUACCUCCACUUUGCUCAAUUUCGCUCCCCCGAACACUUGAUACGGCUCAAGGAGAUCAACGACGUCGUCAAGGAGUGUUCGCCGACUCGCGGCAGUUUAUAUGGUUCAUUUUUCAUUCUUCUCGUUGGUGUAAGACGUGUAAUUUAGGUUUUUCAAAGUUCAUGGGUUAAAAAAUGGACUAGAAUAGGGUUUUCGGAAUUAACGAGCUGUUGAGCUUUGAUCACGAUGUAGUUCUUUUUCAUAUAUUCACUUGGAAUGAAACUUCUGCCUACACCUUUUAAAGUCUAAAAAAUUUGAAAAAAUGUCAGCCUAGUUUUUUCUCUAUGUAUCUCAGACUGGAAUAUAAUCUUUUAUUAUGCUUUUCAAAGUAUAUGGACUACGAGAAAAACGCCUCCGGAUAGUUGAAUGGAGGUUUAUGAGUCUGAUUUUUUUUUUAAACUACAAAAAAGGAGCCCCAACCGGAGGAUGAAUGUUUAUGUACUGAAUCUUCUCAAGCUCAUGAUCUGAAAUUUUCGGUUUUCUGUUUUUGUUUUGAUAAAGUGGUUAUUUUUGAGCUCGAUGCAGUCUUAGUGGAAAAAGAUUAAUUAAAGGAGUUGAAAAGGCCUCUUAGAAGGCUGGGAGUUCGAACUCACUUUUGGUCUCUCAAUUGGUUCACGUUUAUUUUUGGAUAUAAUGCAGGAAAUGGAAGCUCUGGAAAAAGUCACAUUGGACGUCAUUCUAUAGAAUUGGAUUAACAUUAGCAAAACGGUUGUUUUUUAUUCGAUAUAAGUUAAAAAACGACAUAAAACGUCAGAAAUUCACCAAAUUCGUAAGAUCUUUUUAAUUCUUACAAGUCAAAUAGAGAUUCAAAUAGAGGUUCGAGAGUUUAUGAAGGGAAUUUCGUUUUAUCUCAGACGUCCAGAAAUUGAUAAGUUUGAGAUUCGUUCAGCGAAUGGAUAUUUUAGGCAUAGUUUUCGAUGACAACAUUAUAGAGAUUUCUAAUUUUAAAAUGCGAUAAAUUUGUGAUAUUAAAUUAUUCAUGGUCGAUUAUCGAUUCAUCCGAUUCAGCGUUGAACUAUCUACAAGUUAAGGUCAAUGUUGCUAAAUUUAGGUCCAAGAAGGGUUGUCUGAGAACUUUGGGUUGGUUAUGAGAUUGGGUUUUUUUUUUCAAUUUGAGGAGUUUUCGUGAAUUUUCGAUAUAAAUAAAUCCUUCAAAAGCUUCGGAAAGUCCAUAAAGAAACGAAAACGCCUCGGGGUAUUUAUUUUGGAAAAGUUUAUGGGCGUCAACUUUGUUCUAUGAUUUUGGAGCAGCUUCAUCUGAAAAAGAAAUAGUACGAUUCCGAAAGACCACGUCAUUUCUCGGUAAAUGGGAUUAAAUAGUUAUUUUCAUUCAAGGCGUGAGAAAUCAACUAUUUUCGAAUAGAUGAGUCAAAGACGAGUGCACAUAAACAAAUUAACAUGUUCAUUGGGGUUUCAGGGUCUUACGACGAAGUCUACAGUAUCCAGAAGACAGCCUCCGUCGGCGAGAAUCGGCUUCCCGCGCAUCGACACGCCGGUUACAUUGUCAUCGGCUUCAAAUUACUCGAUGACGCGACUAAGGUGAGUAAUCCAAAUGGAAUAUUCAUGAGGCAGACAGGAAGAACCUUAAAUGAGUUUUUCUAGGAAAAUUAGGGGAAUAAAUGAUGUUCUGUGUAUUAGAAAUGUAGUAGAAAACUUUCAGAAACAUAUAUUCUGACACUUAAAUUAUUACAAACAGUCCUCCGCAAAAGUGAAAUAAAUUUUUUGCAAGUUUCUAAGAGUCGUGUGAAUGAAAAAAUGAUCAGUGGGCGAACUGUCAGGAAAUGUUUCGGGAGGUCGUUUUUCCGUUUGACAUUAUUAUAAAUCCAUUUUGUUUUUCAGCAUUUCUUGAAUAAUUUUCCUCGAUUUUUCUUGCUCACUUCAAUGAGUUUCUAUGAAAAAAAGGUUCAAGAAGCUGCAAAAAAGUUCAAAGCGGCUAAAGUUUGGACCGGGAUCUUUCAAAAUGUCGAAUCUCUCGAUAUUUGCGUUUUAUGGGUGGAAUUAUAUUUAUGUGGAGGACUGUACUUUUAUCAAGAGUUUCACGGAAAGAACUCUGAUUGCAGCAACAAACGCUGGAGAAGACGUGGCUUUCGUGGUCCGGAGCUCGAGAAAUCUACAAACACUCGCCGCGCAGCUGGAACCUCCGUCGGAUCUCCCUGAUGCGCAGUCCAGCGCAGUGAGUGACUUUGUCACUGUACCGAUAUGGCGGCUUAUUUUCUGUUCCGAGAAUCUUCGAUAAUCAAAAGCAGUCGUGAUAAAAAUCGCGAAGUACUAGCACGGAAGAGCAUAUACUUUCGGAGAAUCACUUAUUAUGUCGUGUAUUUCAUCGUCUUCCAGAAACCGCAACGGGAUCGUCAAUCGUCCAUUCGCCUACAUUCUGAUGUGUGAAUAUGGCUCGAUUUUGCACCCAUCCAACACGAUUCAAGCCCUCGACAUUUGCGAGCGACUUCGUGUUAGAAACUGUGGACACAUUGCUUUAUAUCAGGCGAGUUUAAGCCGCGAAAAUCAGCUUACAAUAAAUAGGCGAGGUCAUAAGAAUAUAGAUUCAUCGAUGAAAUUCAAAAGCCUGAAGUUCAAAAAAGAAAGAGCCAAAAACUUUUUCGAACCAUUCUUUUCCUUGAUUUUCACAAGGUGUUCAAUGAUUGGAUUCAAACGAAAAAAAAAGAGAAUCGUGAGAAAAAAAGGACAAUGCGUCACAAAAAAAAAUUAGUGAUGUAGUUUUCAGGUUCACACGGCCUACUCGAGUCCUCAGCCGCGAGCUCACUCGUCGCCGUCGCGACCGACGACGUCGGCGACUGCAAAGAGGACGCAGAUGAUGUCGCGUGGAUUCUCGCAAGACGUCGAGCCCAAGAUUCUCGACUCGGCGACGACUCGUCGAAGCCGCAUGAUGCAGUCGCGGGAGCGCAGCUUCCAGUACCCCGAUGAACAUUAUCAUUCCUAUCAGCCCAAUUAUCAGGACUUGCAGUUUUCUGAUCCUUAUUGA